ACACCCCCUCCUGAUUUCCAAAAAAACGCCCUUCUCCAUACAAGCCCGGACACGCUGCUCCCAAUUAUCCAUCAUCUGACACAGCAGCCUCUGGUUAUUAUCUCUGGAUCAAAGCAAGCACUGCAGAGGUAUAAAACCUGCCCUGCCCGAGUCCUGCUUAUUUUGGAGGCUCCCAGACCUCUAAAGGAUGAAGCUUUUCCUCCUGGUCGUGCUCGGCGUCGCCCUGUGCACGGAAAGCGCUUUCUCCCUGACCUGCUUCUCGUGCAAAGAUGCAACUUCCAACAUCCAUUGUCUCGGCACCACCAAAUGCUCGGACAACGAGAAGUAUUGUCUGACAACCUAUUCCACCUCAGGAACUGGCAGUGACCGGAGCCAGCGAAUCACCAAGAAAUGUUCUGCAUUUUGCCCAACCAUUGACCUGAACAUCGGCAUAGCUGGAGUCGCCACCAGCUGCUGCGAGUCCUCCCUGUGCAACAUCAGUGGGGCCAGCAGUGUGAAAACCAGUUCCACCAUCCUCACCCUGGGGGUCCUGGCCAGUCUCGCCUGCAUCCUCAGGAUGGGCUUUUGAGGGGUCUGUGGGGGGAAAUGCGCUGCUUGGCUUUGCAUGGCAUGGCUCAAGCUGCGGUCCGUCAGGUGGGAAUGCUGCCCUGUGCCUCCUACCUGGAAGGUCGCCUCCCAUCAGGAGGUAUUUUUUUGCUCUUUCCACGCUCUGAUGACAACACAAAAUUAUGUUUGGGAGAGAAAGGGGUAAAAUGGAGCCCUGCACGUGCAGAAUGACCCCAUGUGGCCACCGUCUCUCCUACUCCUGGCAUUUAUAACUCCGUGCGUUUUUUGCCUUUCAUUUUAUCCCCGCCAUUCUCUUGUGCCAAUUUUUUUUCCCAUUUUCCACCCUGUAUCAUUUUGCUCUGAGAAAGCCUUUAAUAUUCCAGUUGUUAAACAGAAACUGGGCACAAUAAAGUGUUAUUUUAUUCUA